AGAAAAGACGGGCAUAGGGGAGUCGUUUCAUUGUGAUAAAGAACUUAAUUAUCAUUCAUCAUGAUGAUUUGACAAAUUCGUGUUUAAAUCACGAUCACCAAUCAGUUGGUGAAAACCCACUGUUCAUCCAUAUUCUCAUUCAAGUUUCCUCCUCCUUUUUUCCUUCAGGCUUUCCCCACACUAUGAACUUCCAGCUCAUUCAAUUCUUCACAAUGGAAAAAACUCUCGACAAAACAGUUUCCAUUAAAGCUUUCCUUCUAACCCUUUCACUCAUCUUCAUCAGUUCAAUCCCUCUAAGCCUUUUGAAAACUUCCCAUUCACGAUUCUCAUUGCCAUUGCCAUUGCCAUUCCCAUUUCCCAGUAGCUCAGAGAAAAAAUGUGAUGUUUUUACUGGGAAAUGGGUGCCUUAUCCACAAGGUCCUUAUUACAGUAACGAAACGUGUCGGCUGAUCGUCGACCAACAAAACUGCAUCAAGUUUGGGAGACCAGACACAGAGUUCAUGAAAUGGAGGUGGAAACCACAUGAUUGUGAGCUGCCCCUGUUUGAUGCUGCUCAGUUCUUGGAGAUUGUCAGAGGGAAAUCAAUGGCUUUUGUUGGUGAUUCCGUUGGAAGGAACCAAAUGGAAUCACUAGUGUGCCUCUUAGCUCAUGAAGCAUAUCCAUUGGAUAUAUCUCGCAACUCUUCAGCAGAUGUAAACUAUUUCAAGCGUUGGUUCUAUGCUGAUUACAAUUUCACCUUAGCUGCAUUUUGGUCACCGUUUUUGGUUAAAUCCGGAGGUGCACACAUUAAUGGACAUUCCAUCAAUGGCCUCAUUAGUCUUUACCUCGAUGAACCCGACGAAGCAUGGACGAACGAGAUCGAGAAAUUCGAUUACGUUAUCAUAUCGGUCGGACAAUGGUUCUUCCGACCGCUGCUGUUCUACGAGGCCGGUCGGCUUCUUGGAUGUCAUAUAUGUAAUCAAAACAAUAUUACAAGUGUUUCCAAGUACUACGCAUACAAAAUGGCAUUCAGAACAGCUUUCAGAACUCUUUUGAGCCUUAAAAACUACACCGGGAUGGCGUUUUUACGGACGUUUUUGGCGUCGCAUUUCGAGAACGGAGAUUGGGAUAAGGGAGGGAACUGUCCUAGAACAAAGCCAUUUACAAGCAAUGAAAUGAAGUUACAAGAGUUCAAUAAGGAGUUUUACUGGGUUCAAGUUGAGGAAUUGAGAGAAGCAGAGGAAAAAGGGAAGAAAAUUGGGUUAAUAUUUGAGUUGAUGAACACAACUGAAAUCAUGUGGAUGAGACCAGAUGGACAUCCAAAUGGUUAUGGACAUUCCAUGAUUAAGAAUGCCAGUGUGUAUGAUUGUGUUCAUUGGUGUUUGCCUGGCCCCAUUGAUACAUUGAAUGAGUUUUUGCUUUAUUUGAUGAAGAAAGAUGUCCUCCCACAGUUGAAAGCAAAGUUGAUGAGAAAUGCCUGAUCAAAUUUACAUUCAAUAUUAUUAUUCAAAUAUAUAUAUAUAAAAGAUUUGUGGAUUUGAGAUUAUGUUUGAAAUCAUAUCUGUAAAAGUUUAUUGAUUCAUGUUACUCAUUAUUCUGCACCAA